AAGCCUCUAUAAAUCGAGUGCCAAUUGGCCGUCAUUUCUUCCGCAAAGCACCAAGCCAAGCUUAGCAUCAGGCAAGCAAAGACUACCACGCACGGAAGCAGAUCGACUCUUCUCUCGAAGCCUCCAGUUCGAACCGACCCAAGAAAGCCAGCCUCGUCGCCAUGGCUCCCAACCUUAGCAAGUCCACGGCCGACCUGCUCGGCGAUGCGGUCGCCGUCGAGGGCUUCAAGCCGUCGCGCUUCACCCUCAAGGGCAAGAACCUCGCCGUGGACGGCCACCCUUUCCUGCUUGACGUGCCGGCCAACAUCCGCCUCACCCCGGCGUCGUCCCUCGUGUCCGCCGCCGACGCCACGGGCGGCGGCGGCAGCUUCCUCGGCUUCGACGCCCCGGCGGCCACGAACCGGCACGUGGUGCCCGUCGGUAAGCUCCGCGACAUACGGUUCAUGAGCAUUUUCCGUUUCAAGGUGUGGUGGACGACCCACUGGGUGGGCAACAACGGCAGGGACGUCGAGAACGAGACGCAGAUGAUGGUGCUCGACCGCUCGGAAGGCCGGCCGUACGUGCUGCUUCUCCCCAUCAUCGAGGGCUCCUUCCGUGCCUGCCUCGAGUCCGGUAAGGUGGAGGACUACGUGGACCUGUGCGUGGAGAGCGGGUCGUCCGCGGUGACGGGUUACGUGUUCCGGAGCGCCCUGUACCUGCACGCCGGCGACGACCCGUUCGAGCUGGUGAGGGAGGCCGUGAAGGUGGUGCGAGCCCACCUGGGCACGUUCCGGAUGAUGGAGGAGAAGACGCCGCCGCCGAUUGUGGACAAGUUCGGGUGGUGCACGUGGGACGCCUUCUACCUGAAAGUGCACCCGGAGGGCGUGUGGGAGGGCGUGCGUCGGCUAGCGGAGGGCGGGUGCCCGCCGGGGCUGGUGCUCAUCGACGACGGCUGGCAGUCCAUCUGCCACGACGAGGACGACCCGGACAGUGGCGCGGAGGGCAUGAACCGCACCGCCGCUGGCGAGCAGAUGCCGUGCCGGCUGAUCAAGUUCCAGGAGAACCACAAGUUCCGGGACUACAAGCAGGGCGGCAUGGGCGAGUUCGUGCGGGAGAUGAAGGCCGCGUUCCCGACGGUGGAGCAGGUGUACGUGUGGCACGCGCUGUGCGGGUACUGGGGCGGCCUCCGCCCCGGCGCGCCCGGGCUGCCGCCGACCAAGAUCGUGGCGCCGGAGCUCUCGCCGGGGCUGAAGCGCACCAUGGAGGACCUCGCCGUCGACAAGAUCGUCAACAACGGCAUCGGUCUCGUGGACCCCCAGCGCGCGCACGAGCUCUACGACGGCUUGCACUCCCACCUCAAGGCCUCCGGCAUCGACGGCGUAAAGGUCGACGUCAUUGGCCUGCUGGAGAUGCUGUGCGAGGAGUACGGCGGCCGCGUGGAGCUGGCCAAGGCCUACUUCAGCGGCCUGACGGCGUCGGUGCGCCGCCACUUCGGCGGCAACGGCGUGAUCGCGAGCAUGGAGCACUGCAACGACUUCAUGCUGCUGGGCACGGAGGCGGUGGCGCUGGGCCGCGUCGGCGACGACUUCUGGUGCACGGAUCCCUCCGGCGACCCCAACGGCACCUUCUGGCUGCAGGGCUGCCACAUGGUGCACUGCGCCUACAACUCCCUGUGGAUGGGCCACUUCAUCCACCCGGACUGGGACAUGUUCCAGUCCACGCACCCCUGCGCCGCCUUCCACGCCGCCUCCCGCGCAGUCUCCGGCGGGCCUGUCUACGUCAGCGACGCCGUAGGCCAGCACGACUUCGCGCUCCUCCGCCGCCUCGCGCUCCCCGACGGCACCAUCCUCCGCUGCGAGGGCUACGCGCUGCCCACGCGCGACUGCCUCUUCAGGGACCCGCUCCACGACGGAAAGACAAUGCUCAAGAUUUGGAACGUGAACAGGUUCGCCGGCGUCGUCGGCGUGUUCAACUGCCAGGGCGGCGGGUGGAGCCCCGAGGCGCGGCGGAAUAAGUGCGCCUCGGAGUUCUCUGUGCCCGUCACAGCGCGCGCCUCGCCGGCGGACGUCGAGUGGAAAAGCGGGAAGGGACCCGGUGUUGACGUGAAGGGCGUCGCCCAGUUCGCCGUGUACAUGGUUGAGGCCAAGAAGCUGCAGCUCAUGCGCCCCGACGAGGGCGUGGAGCUCACGCUCGAGCCCUUCACCUACGAGCUCCUUGUCGUCGCCCCCAUGCGCGUCAUUUCGCCCGAGAGGUCCAUCAAGUUCGCGCCCAUCGGUCUCUCCAACAUGCUCAACACCGCCGGCGCCGUGCAGGCCUUCGACGCCCGGAAGGACGGAGAUGUCGUGACGGCGGAGGUUGGCGUCAAGGGCGCGGGGGAGAUGGUGGUUUACUCGUCGGCGAGGCCCAGGCUGUGCAGGGUCAACGGCGAGGUGGCCGAGUUCGCGUACAGGGACGGCAUGGUCACCGUCGACGUGCCGUGGUCGGGGUCGUCCUCCAAGCUGUGUCGCGUCGAGUAUGUCUACUGAGCCGGCCGAAUGGACGACUCUGCCCUGCACUAAUCUCUUAGGCUCCAAUAACAAGUUUUACAGCUUAAUUAACAAGUUUGAAGAGCUUAAUUAAUAAGUUCUACAGCUCUAUUGGUUUCAAUUUGCUUGCCUUUUUUUGUAAGGAUUCUGCAAUGUGAAUUAAUGUAGUGCGUUCUUCUGAA